AUGCUUACUCUGAUUGUUGGUUUCGAUCCUAAGUCUGCUACUGCUAUUUCCAAAUGUAUGAUAAUGGGCGCAGCAGUCUCGACUGUUUAUUACAACCUUAGGCUCAGACAUCCGACCAUUGAGAUGCCGAUUAUCGACUAUGAUUUAGCUGUACUCAUUCAGCCGAUGCUUAUGCUAGGCAUUAGCAUUGGUGUUACAUUCAAUGUUAUUUUUGCUGAUUGGAUGGUUACUGUUCUACUAAUCUUCCUCUUCAUAGUUACAUCAACUAAGGCCUUCUUUAAAGGAGUCGAAACUUGGAAGAAAGAAACUAUCUUGAAAAAGGAAGCUGCAAAGCAAGUGGAGGCAAAUGGCAAAGACGAAGCAGAAUACAAGCUUCUUCCUGGUGGGCCUAGCAACAACACGGUUGGUAAAGGCUUAGAAGAACAAACAGUUGCAAUUAUCGAGAAUGUUUGUUGGAAGGAGUUUGGGCUUCUUGCUUUCGUCUGGUUUGCAUUUCUUGCAUUGCAGAUCAUCAAGAAUUACCUGCCUACUUGUUCAGCGAUAUACUGGGUGGUUAACUUGCUCCAGAUUCCUGUAUCUUUGGGUGUAUCUGGAUAUGAAGGACUUAGCCUGUACAAGGGUUGGCGAAAACUUGGAUCAAAGGGAGAAGAAGGUACGAACUUUAGUGUACUCCAGCUAAUCGUUUAUGGCUGCUUUGGUAUCCUGGCUGGUUUGGUUGGGGGGCUUCUCGGUCUAGGAGGUGGAUUUAUCAUGGGCCCACUGUUUUUGGAAUUAGGUGUUCCUCCUCAGGUUUCAAGUGCAACAGCCACAUUUGCCAUGAUGUUUUCAUCAUCAAUGUCGGUGGUCGAAUAUUACCUCCUAAAACGUUUCCCAGUUCCUUAUGCUCUGUACUUUGUUGCUGUUGCUACUGUUGCUGCUUUUAUCGGUCAACAUGUCGUUAGAAGGAUGAUUAUUGUAAUGGGAAGGGCUUCCAUAAUUAUCUUCAUUCUCUCCUUCACCAUAUUCGUGAGCGCAAUCUCUCUUGGCGGAGUUGGGAUUUCGAAUAUGAUUGGAAAGAUUGAACGGCAUGAGUACAUGGGUUUCGAGAACCUCUGCAAGUAUGAGGUGUAG